CUUUUGCCUAUGAUUACAAUAACAUUAAUUUAUUACAAUAUCAUAGAAGUGUAAAGUAUUAUCAAAAGUUAUGAAUACUUCGAAUAAAAGAAAUGAGAUAAUGGAAAGCAAUGUCGCAGCAAAAAGAGUUAAAACCGAAUGUUCUUACGGAGAAAGAUGCUACAGACUAAACCCGGCACAUUUUCGAGAAUUCAGUCAUCCACACUUGGAAUCUAUACUCAAUAAUUACAGCGGAGAAGGUGAUUAUCCAAUACCUUCAACAAUGCAAGCACAACAAAUGUUGAUAUUAGAUCAACUUAAAAUAAUAAAAGAAAAGGGACUUUAUACUGCAGCUAGUAAUUUUAUACGAGAAAGUACAACUGCACUAACUAAAGAAAAGGAUACAAACAGAGAUAUACAACAAUGUAGCCAUAGUAAUGAAAAUAUGUUAAGUGUUGCCAGUGAUCAAAGUAAAUUAAAUAGAAAUAAAGAAAAAGUCAUAGAAAAAGAAACAAUAGAAAGACGAGAGAAAAAUAAAUCACCAGUAAAUCAAUCAACAAUGAAAGGUGAUUAUAAACCUAUAAUAGAGCCAACUCGACGACCUGAACAAUUUUUGAAAGUGGUGUUACCACCUGGUGGCAUGGCAGCGAAACACGCUGCUAGUGCACCUUAUCAUAUCUUUUAUACAACAAUAACUGAUGCUAGAGAGACGCACAGACAGACUAAUUCUAUUACAUUCCUAGAAAUAUUGGAUCGAAGUUUGGGUGAAUUGAAAUGUUCUUUACAAAUCAAUUUCAUGGUAGAACCUGGAUGGUUAUUGGCUCAGUAUUACUUUGCUGGAUAUAGUGGUAAAAAGUUAACAAUACUCUAUGGCGAUGACUGCGCCGAUAUGAAGUCACUUAGCAAGAAAAAGCCCAACGUAGACGCACACUAUGUGUCUAUGGCCACUCCGUUCGGAAAGCAUCACACGAAAAUGAUGCUAUUGUGUUAUGAAGACGGGUCUUUAAGAGUAAUUGUGUCUACUGCCAAUUUGUAUAUUGAUGACUGGGAAAACAGGACUCAGGGUCUAUGGUUCAGUCCACAAUGUCCUCCACUCCCAGCGGAGUCUAUGCCUCACGAUGGGGAGUCCCCUACCCUGUUCAAGCGGUCUUUACUACGAUAUCUACAUCACUAUCAGAUGCCACAGCUCAGUUAUUACGUGGAUUGGGUGAAGAGAUGUGAUUUCAGUCAUAUUAACGUGUUCUUAGUAGCCUCAGUUCCCGGUUCCCACUUCGAUACAGAAUGGGGAAUUAGUCGUAUUGGAGCAUUACUCCGACAACAUUGCUUUGUACCUCCUGGAGAGAACACAAAAUGGCCACUUUUAGCUCAAGCUAGCAGUCUGGGGUCAUACGGGAAAGAACCAAAGUUAUGGCUGACAGGAGAUUUUCUGCACAACUUCACAAAGAUCAAAGACCAGCCUCAAAUGAUGAGUACGCCUGCGGAACUCAAGCUGAUAUAUCCUUCGUUAGAGAACGUAAAGCAGUCCCAUGACGACUUACUGGGAGGCGGUUGUCUGCCAUACGCCGCAGAAGUUCACACAAAGCAGCCCUGGCUAAAUAAUUACUUGUAUCAAUGGCAAGCGAAAUCAACUUAUCGUAAUAAAGCAAUGCCACACAUAAAAUCCUACACUCGUGUGUCUCCUGACAACAAAAUGGCGGCUUACUUUCUACUGACGUCAGCAAACGUCAGUAAAGCCGCGUGGGGUACGUUGAAUAAAGGCAAUCGAGCUUUGAGGAUCAUGAGCUAUGAAGCAGGUGUUUUAUUCCUGCCGAAAUUUAUUAUAAAUCAAGAUCUAUUCCCAUUAGACAGGAACGCUGCAAACAGACUAAUUCUACCGUACGAUGUUCCCCCAGUCAAAUACACAAGUGACAUGUCGCCCUGGGUCUCUGAUUACUUGACAUAACAAUUAUUAAAUGA